AUCGGAGGUCCUUGGGCGAGGGAGGGCGGAGAUAUAGUCAGCUCUAGGGUAUAAAAACCCUGGUAUGCCUAACUUGGAUGUCCUGUUGCUCCAGCUCUGACCACUGCCUCCCUCCAAAACUCCAGUGAAAGGUAAAAAACCCAGACAAGGACAAGGAGAAGACGAUAAACCCAUUCGAGACGUCCAACCAUGAGCCACUCCACCGUCCGCACCUCGUACCGUCGCACCUUUGGUGCCCCUGCAUCCUACUCCCCGCUUCCAUCCCGCCUGCCCAUGUCCGGAGGCCGCUACCUAAGCUCGGCACCUGCUUCCAUGCCCACUCGCAACGUGGGCUACCGGGCACGCUCGGGCACCCCAGUCUCUGCCCCCCGCCUGUCCUACGACAAGGUGGACUUCUCCGUGGCCGAUGCCAUCAACCAGGAGUUCCUGACCACUCGCAGCAAUGAGAAGCAGGAGUUGCAGGAGCUGAACGACCGCUUCGCCAGCUUCAUCGAGAAGGUCCGCUACCUGGAGCAGCAGAACGCCGGCCUCCAGCUGGAGCUCAACCAGUACAAGGGCAAACAGCAGCAGGGGCACCCCAAUCGAGCCAGUGAGAUGUGCCAGCAGGAGAUGAGGGAGCUGCGUAACCAGAUGGAGCAGAUCGGGAAGGAACGGGACCAGUUCCAGGUGGAACGGGACAACUUGGCCGAAGAUCUGGCCUUGCUCAAGCAGAGGCUGGAUGAGGAGGCGCAGAAAAGGCAGGAUGCUGAAAACCAGCUGGUCCUGUUCCGAAAGGAUGUGGACGAUGCCACUCUGGCCCGUUUGGAGCUGGAGAGGAAGAUUGAGUCACUGAUGGAUGAGAUUGAGUUCUUAAAGAAGGUGCACGAUGAGGAAAUCCAGGAUGUGCAGGUGAGCAUUGAGACCACUCAGCAGAUGAAGAUGGAGGUGGAGGCCACAGCUCGUCCUGACCUGACUGCAGCCCUUAGGGAUAUAAGGUCCCAGUAUGAAAGCAUUGCAACCAAGAACAUGCAGGAAUCUGAGGAGUGGUACAAGUCCAAGGUUUCUGACCUGACAGAUUCUGCGAAGCGUAAUGCUGAUGCCAUGAGACAGGCCAAGCAGGAGGCCAACGAGUUCAGGAGGCAGAUCCAAAGCCUCAACUGUGAUAUCGACGCUCUCAAGAGCACGAACGAGGCUCUGGUGAGGCAGAUGAGGGAUAUGGAAGACCAGUUUGGAUUGGAGGCCGGGAACUACCAGGACAACAUCACGCGCCUGGAAGAGGAGAUCCGCCACCUGAAGGACGAAAUGUCCCGUCACUUGAGGGAAUACCAGGACCUGCUCAAUGUCAAGAUGGCUCUGGACAUCGAGAUUGCCACCUACAGGAAGUUACUAGAGGGAGAGGAGAGCAGAAUCGUGGUUCCGAUCAUGACAUCAAUGGGAAUGCGCAAUGGAAUUGACUUUGACCAGCCUGCUGAUGUUAGACAAAGCAAGAAGGUUGUGAUCAAAACCGUUGAGAUCCGUGAUGGAGAGGUGGUGAAGGAGUCUAAGAAAGAGAAAGACGCCCCCCGUGAUGCCAAGAUCACCCGAGAGUCCGACCGGGAUGAUUAGAGCAGGACGUUUGCGGCCACUGGUUCCAUGUUCCAAAACUGAGGAGUUGAGAACAAAAAAGGGAGGAUAAAAUAAAGAUGACACAAACAUUAAAGCUGCUUAUGCCUAUCUACUGUAACUCAAUGCUGACAAAAAAAAAACAGGAUUGAAAAAUUGAGAAAUUGUUCAAAUUAUUUCUACACUUUCUUCGAUACUGUGAUCCUAAACGGGAUAGCCGACACACUUCAGCGAAUCUCACAACGCAAUGGUGCUAACGUCCUAGUCUAAUCAGCCUUAAAUCGCUCACAGUACAUCUGAUACAGUCUACAGUUCAACCACUGUUCAAUCUCUUUAAAUGUAAUCUAACAUAUUCACUCCAGCACACAGCAGUCAAUACAGUUCACAGUUGGGACGUUUUAAGAAAAACAGCGAAUUUACACCAAAUAAAAUCACGUCAUCUUUUAUACACCAACUGUGGCCUUUAUUUACAGCAGAACUUUACUGUUACCACUGAUAUUUAACUCAACUACUAUAUGAUUAGUGGACACUGAGCUGGUCACUUACAGCACUUACAACCCCCCCCCCCUCCCCCCGCACUCACUGUCUAUACAGAAAAACUGCCAGCUCACUUUCCCCUAUAGCUUUACUGCAGUAGCAUUAGCCUAGCGCUUUUAGCCGUUUUGUGAUGUUUAAAGUAUUAAAGAUUGUAUAAUGGAGGUGUUAAAGGUUCUGUCCUCAGUUGAUGAUCUUAGCUAGUCUAGAUCACUGUGGUUUAGGAUACUGAACUAAUCUGAAAGAAGGCCUCAGUCAUUUCAAUCCACAGAACUUGAAUGUGUUUUCUGCUGCAACCUCGUGCAAAACCAAAUAAAGUGAUUAAGAACAUAA